AUGACUGAAGACGAUUAAGUAAUUCUUUUGUACAUUAUCAUUAUAGCAUUUUCUUCAAGAUGACAAUAGUGAAGAUGAUAAAUUUGAAGAAAAUCUUCAAAAACAAUAUGCAGUAAUUCUGUUACACUUAUUCUAGUUAUAUCCUAAAAUUAAUAAUAAAAGACCUGAAUCCAAACAUGGAAGGCCUGAAAGUUCCAAAUUCUCAUAUAAAAAAUAAGAAUAACAAAUCAUUGAAUAAUAACCUAAACUUUUAGAAGCCAUUCCUACAUCUCAAGCUCUCAAAAAAUUUAAUUAAUUGGUUUCGUUUCACAAAAUACAAAUUGAAUAAUUCUGGAAAAAUCAUACUAUUAUGGCUUCUUAAAAAGAAUUUAAAGGUUUUCUAACAGAAUCAGGUACAAAAUCAAUAAUAAAUAAGGAUUUUAAUUUGAUCAUAAUGAAAUCAAUUAAAUUCUUAGCGAUCUAUAAAAUGAAAAUUUAGUAAUUACAAUUGAAAGUCUGUGUAAGAAAGUACCUGCAUGGCAUCAAAAUGAGAGUAUUUCUUCAGCUUGAUUAUUCUUCAUAGAUGCUAUGUUAGAGUUUAUAAGGGAAAAAGCACUUAAAUUGGCAUAAGAAUCCAAGAAUAAAUUUUAAGCUUAAAAAAAACCUAAACCAUAGUCAGCAAGUACCAAACGUAGUGGAUUUAAUAAAGGAGAUUCAAGACCUAUAAGUGGAAUAUCAAAAAAGUAUCAAUCUAAUUUUAGUGAUUUGAGAAUGUAUUUAUAUACUUAUAAUUUAGAUCUAAUAUCAAUGAAAAACAAUUAUAAAAUAGAUCAAAACAUUAUUUGCAAUUGGCUAAAUAAAAAUAAUAGGAAGAAGAUCGACUUCUCUAAUUAACAAUUAAUUAAGGGAAGAAUGAAUAUGAAUAUGAAAUAUUGAUAAAGAUGGGAGAAGCUAAUGAAUUAUCUUAAGAAUUAGAAAGCAACAUUACUUAUCGAGCUUAUAAAACGGCAUAAGGAAAUCUAAAAGUUCAUGUAUAUGAAUUGGAACACUUUUAAAGAGACUUAACAUUGGAGGAUUUUUAAAGAGAAUACAAUAUAUUAAGAAGCAGAUAUAAUGAAAAAAAAAAAUUAAAGAUUUGGGAAGUGCUGAGUGAAAAGAAGAAAAAUUAAAAAAGUCUAUAACAUUUUGGAUCUUCUUAAAAAGAAGAAAUAAAAUAAAAUGAAAUUGAUGGUAAGGCUACAAAUAAAAAAGAAAGAUAACAAGAAUUAAAGAAAGUACUUUUAGAAACAAUGAUGCUUUCAAAUGUAAUAAAAGAGUAAUUGGUAGUAUUGAAUAGGAAGGGUAUCAAUGCAAUUCAUAAUCAAAGUGUAAAAUUAUGA